AUGAAUAACUGUAAAAAGUCAGAAAGGAAUUAUUGUUUAAAAUGUUCAAAUGGAUAUAAAAUAGAAAAUAAUACAUGUGUUAAAGAUGAAGAAGAAUGUUAUUAUGAAGGAAAUGAAUGUGUUUCAUGUUCAAAUGAAUAUACAUUAAAUAAUGGAAUAUGUGAAAGUAAAGAAAAUAAAAAUGGAAAGAAUGAAGAAAUAUAUUGUGAAAAUGGAAAAUACAUCAAGGAUAAUAAAUGUAUAGAAUGUACAAAAUCAGCAAUAUGUAAUUCAGAUGAUAUUGAAUUAAAAUGUAAAGACAACCAACAAUUAGAUAAUAAUACAUGUAUAAAUGAAACACGUGAAGAAGGAAAGAUAAAAGAUCAAAAUGGAAAAUGUAAUUCCAAUAUUUCAAAUUGUUCAAAUGAAUCAUAUGUUAAUGGAAAAUAUGUUGAAUGUUUAACAACAUAUUCACUUAAUUCAAGUAGAGAAUGUAUUAAUACAACAAUAAAUGGAUGUGAAGAACAAAACAUAUAUGGAUGUAAACGAUGUUCAGAUGGAUAUUAUUUAACAACAAAUAUGAAAUGUUCAAAAUGUGAUGAUAAUUGUAAAAUAUGUUUUGGUUCAGCUAUAUAUUGUAUGAGUUGUUCUAGUGAUAAAUAUUUAAGUAGUAAUAGAACAUGUCAAUCAAAUAAUGAAUUAAAUAGAACAUGUUUACAAUUAUUAGCAGAUGGAAGUGGAUGUGGAAUAUGUAAUAAAGGAUAUCAUAGAAAUGGAAAAGGAUGUUUAGAAUGUGGAGAAAAAUGUGCAACAUGCAAUCAAAAAGAUAAAUGUACAACAUGUGCAGAUGGAUAUUUCAUGAAUUGGAUAGGAGAAUGUAAAUCAAUAGACGAAGUUAAAGGAUGUAAAGGAGAAAUAGAUAAAGAAUAUGGAUGUAGAGAAUGUUCAGAAGGUUAUUAUUUAAUAAAUAAAGAAUGUUCAAAAUGUAAAGAGAAUUGUACAAGAUGUUCAAUAAAGAAUGAAUGUAAUAGUUGUGAAAAUGAAUAUGUAUUAAAAAAUAAAGAAUGUAUUUACUAUUUAGAUAUUAAUAAAGGUAAAGAAGUAAAGAAUAAUAAAUGUUGGAAAUGUUCAUUUUGGUAUGGAACGAAUGAAGAAGGAAAUGAAUGUAAUAAAGAAGUAGUAUGGUGGAUGAUAAUGAUAAUUGUCAUUAUUAUAGUUAUUAUCAUUAUUAUAACAAUUGUAAUGAUAAUAAUGAUGGUUAAUUACAUAAUGAAGAGAAAAGAAAAGAAAGAACGAGAGAAAACAACAAUAUUCAAAAUAACACAAUCAAAUAUCAAAUUCAUAUCACUUGGAGAUGGAAUAUUAACAAAUAAGAAAGAAAUUGAACUUCAAGAAGGAGAAGAAAUUAAAGUGAAUGAAGAAAUAAGAGAAUUAAUUUGUAUUGGAAAUUCAAAGAAAGAGAAGAUGAAGAUACAAAUAAGUAGUAAAGAAGAAAAUGAGAAAUAUUCAAUUAGAACAAACCCAAAUGUCAUUACAAUUGAAGGAGGAUAUGCAUGUGAAUUUGAAUUAUUCAUUAUAAUCAAAUGUACAACUAAAAUCAACGAUAAAAUAAUAGUCAUUGGAGAAGAAAUUACAGAAGAACGAAUGUAUUCAAAUAGAGUUGAUAGAAGAAAAGAAAGAGCAACAGGUGUGAAAAGAGAAUAA